AUGUCCUCCGCCUCAACAACCGUAAAAUCCACCUACCGCGCCAUCCUCCGCGAACUCCCCCGCCGCUCCCUCUCCUCCCCAACACCCCUACACAACCGCAUCCGGGAAGCGUACCGAACGCCAUCACAGACGACGACCGAGGACGCAUCAGCAUCAGAGAGCGAGCUGCGCCGCCUCCAGCAGGCCGAGCAGUUUGCGCAGUAUGCGCGCGCACAGAGGCUGUAUGCUGCGCUUGUUGAUCGGUAUAACCCCGGCAGUCUGAUGGAUGAGGAGGAGCGCGUUAGGCUUACGGCUAGGCGGGUCGGAUUGGAUUUGCCGGAGUUGCAUGGGGAGCAGAAGAAGGGAGGGAAGGGGGAUGGGGAGAAGAGCGAGUGA